AUGACGCAUUGUUGGAGUGGAACAGCCAGUAGAGAUGGCAGGGAUAUAUCUCCAGGUUUAAUAUUUAACUGCCAGUUGCAAAAUUUAGAUAUUCGAAAUUCGACUUGUCGGCCGAUCGGUCUCAGCUCGGGUGAUUAUGGGAGCUAUUUCGGAAAAGUUUUAAUUCAACGCGAUUUCCUCAGAGAUGACGCAUGGUUUGGCGCGACCAUUGCAAAUGUGCCUAGCGGGAAACUGGUGGCCUGUGCUCCGCGAUGGUCAGUUCCAUACAAAGACAAACACAUACUAGCGAAUGGCGCGUGUUAUUUGCUAACACAAACAAGGGGUAUUGCAAUGCUACCUUUGAAGGAAAUGAAUCGACAGGCUUACAAAACUGAUGGAAACAGAAAGGAAUUCGGAGACUACGGUACUCAUUUAAACUUCUACGCCUACGGACAAACAGGAAUGUCAAUUAAAGUUACGGAGAGCAAUUCGGUAAUCAUCGGAGCUCCAGGCUUACUGCAAUGGGCAGGUGGCAUAGUUGAUUAUAAAUACGAUUCAGACAAAGAUUCUAUGUUUAUUUCAAAACAACCAACAACAAAUCCUUACUUUACCAAAGAAAUAGGACCUGAUGAUUAUUUUGGUUAUAGUGUGGAAUCAGGAGUUUUUGGUCCUGACAAGAAAACUUUGUACGUAGGUGGCGCACCUCGAUCAAAAUUUGGCUAUGGAGAGGUUUUUAUAUUUGAACCAGCAUACAGAGAAUAUGCACCAUUAAAGGUGAUUAAGAGUCUCAGAGGGAGACAAUUGGGCUCCUAUUUUGGCGCUAGUCUUUGCUGUAUGGACAUCAAUGCAGAUGGGAAAUUAGAUCUUCUAGUGGGAGCACCAAACUUUGUUAGCAAAGAAGGGGAACUGCGGUACGAUCAAGGAGCCGUUUUUGUUUAUUUAAACAGCUGGCAGGUAAUAAUAACUAGAUUUGGCAGCACAAUUGUCGAUAUGGGUGACGUGGACGGAGAUGGGUACAACGACGUCGCUAUCGGAGCACCGUGGGAGAACGACGGUUACGGUGCGGUAUACAUCUACAGGGGAGGGGAAAAGGGUAUUGGCAGUCAGUAUACACAAAAGAUAGUAGCCAAAGGUGCUAAGAGUUUCGGUAUAUCUAUCUCAAAAGGAUUCGAUGUUGAUAGCAACAAUUGUAGUGAUUUAGCUGUAGGUGCAAUAAAUAGUGACACAGUAUACUUAUAUAGAUGUAUCCCAACAAUAGAAGUAUACGCCAGUAUAAAGGUUCCCGAUGUAAUGAACAUACCUCUCAAUGCUACCAACUUUACAGCUAUAUUUUGUAUUGAAGCUAAAGAACAAAUUAAAUGGCCCCACGUUAAAACAGUGUUAAAUGCAAUAAUUCGUGUCGACCCUGAUGGUGGCAGAGCUUGGAUAUCAGGCGACGCGGAGUACCAAGUAACAAUAAAACCAGGCAACAAAGCAUGUGAAGAACAAACAGUACAAGUUAAGCCUACAGCAGAUUUGUCGAAACCAAUUACCAUUAAUUUUGAAUUGAGUCACAGGAUAAUACUAGAAGAUGACUCACCUUUAUUUUUGAGUAAACAAGCGAGAUUAUCGGAAAAUUCUAAAUUACAUUCUUCCUUCGAAAUCCAAUUAAAUAGAGAAUGUGGUGAAGAUCUUAUUUGUAAGCCGUUAUUAGAAAUGACUUUAGAAGGAUUAAGCAAUCCAUACAUCCCAGGUUCGGAAAACAGAUUUGGUAUCAAAGUUACCGUACUUAACAAAGACGAACCUGCUUACGGCGCUAAAGUCUACUUGACAAUACCAACUUUACCUAAGAGGUUACCAAGCGAAUGCUCAUUAAAACAACUUAAUAUAACUUGUGAUGUCCCGCCACCUUUACAUAGAAAUGAAUCAGUAACUUGGGAAAUAGAAUUUGAAUAUGUACAAAAUAAUUCAUUUAUUAAUGAAAUAAAUAUUGAAGCAGUACUAGAAGAUCCACUUCAUAGUAAUAAUGAUAGUGAUAAAGUUACUAGAGAUCUUACUAUUAUUGUUAAGCCGGAAGCAAGUUUUAACAUUACUGGAACAGUGCAACCAAACAAAACCAUCUCAAUAACAAGAGAUGCGCUCGCUAAUGGCGAUAGUGUAGCUUUUGUACAUUACUUUGAGAUAAAAAAUUUGGGACCUUCAGAUUGGUACAAUUUAACGGCUAUUUUAUUAAUACCAGAUAAGACAGACCUAUCUAAUAGUAUAGAUGGUUGUAAUCAAGAAAAUAUCAGUGUUCACUGUUCCUGGUCUCUUCCCGCGAGAGCCUCCAAAGCUAUCGCACUCACUUAUAAGUUAAAUGUAACUUUACAUGCAAAUUAUUUAGAGGAAGUUACAAUUUUCAAUGCAACAACAACAAUUAUUUUAAAUGAACAAAAUAUCAAUUCUUCACUGAUCACGUCAUUAGUUUUGGAUCCACCGACACCUCUUUGGCCGCUGAUAGUAGGAAUUGUGGCUGGAAUAUUGACAUUAGCAGUAUCUGUCUUCGGCCUGCACAAGCUUAAUUUCUUUGAAAGAUCUAAACGAGAUGACAUGAAACGUCUGCAAGAAGAAAUAAGUAGCUCCAGUUCACUCGGAGAGUUGAGAGAUGACGACGCUUGUACACAAGAUAUACAACUAGAAGAUUCUGACUGAGGAAUAACGAAAAAACUUCGAAUGGACGGGAAGGAGAGAUAUGAAGAAAGAAAAGGGAUACAGGU